UGUCGCUUAUUGACAACGUAGGUUAUGCUACUCGAGGUCAUUUUUUUCUUCUGAUUGCUAUCCCAACGAAGUUGAUUUGCGGUGUUUCUGACUGGUUGGGAGAUGGCGGCAGUUCUGCUUCAAGUUUUGGAGCGUACAGAGCUUAAUAAACUCCCUAAAGCUGCUCAAAACAAAUUAGAAAAGUUCCUUACUGACCAGAAGAAUGAAAUCGAAUCCCUCAAAACGCAGCACGAGCGGUUCAAAGCGGACUGUGAGCAGCAAUACUUUGACGUUGAGAAGAGAUUGGCAGAGAGUCAGGAGCAGAUUGUGUCUCACACCCGGAAUUACCAGACUCUCAAAGAGGAGAAUACCAAACUCAUCGAAGAGCUGAACAAUCUGAAAGGUGUGGAUGUGGAAUCGUCAGAGGAGAAGGAAUCACAGCAGCCGAGCAAAGCCAAAUAUGAGAUUGAGGCCGAAAGGCGGGAACUGGCUCGUCUGCUUGAAAAGAGAACUCAAGAUGUGGAAAAUCUCACCGAGGAUGUCAAGCAGCUCAAUGACAAGCUGGCGGAGACCAACACAGCCAAAAUAGAUCUACAGCUCAAACUGGAUGAGAUCCAAUCUUCUGAAGUCUCCAUUCAGCACCGUGAGAAGCGUAUGGAGCAGGAGAAGGAGCUACUGCAGAAUCAGAACACGUGGCUGAACUCUGACCUGAAGACCAAGACAGAGGAGCUGCUAUCAGUCUCCAGGGAAAAGGGCAAGGAGAUCCUGGAGCUCAAGUGCAGCUUUGAGUGCAAGAAGGACGAGGUCACAAGACUUCAAACCCAAGUCACCAAUCUGAAGAAGAGCAGUGAGAACCUGCAGAAGCGAGUGGAGGACCUGAUGACAAAACUGAAAGAGGCUAAAGACCAUCAUAGCACCAUGGAGGAGAAGUACCGCAAUGAACAGAAUGCCCACAUCAAGCUCUCCAACUUGUACAAGGGGUCAGCAUCAGAUGCAGAGUCCAAGAACGAGGAGUUGAACAGGGCCGUGGAGGAGCUGCACAAGCUGGUGAAGGAGGCUGGUGAUGCGAGACAGAACAUGGAGAAGAAGCUGGCAGACAUGGAGGGGUCAAAGAGCAAACAGGAGGCUGAGCUGAAGGAGAAGUUUAAGAAGAUGGAGCUGGAGAACGCCAACCUGCGUGCCUCAGAUAAGAAAAGAAGCAUGCCAGUGCUCACAGAGGAAGAGUUGGACUCCAUGUGUCCGACCGCAGCUGCUGUGGCCAAGAUUGUCAAGCCUGGAAUGAAGUUCAUGGAGCUGUACAACGCAUUCGUGGACAUCCAGGACCAGUUGCUCGUUGAGAAGCAGGAGAACCGGCGUGUGACGCGCGUGCUGGACGAGAUCGUGCAGGAGGUGGAGGAGAAGGCGCCCAUCCUAAAGCGCCAGCGGGAGGAGUAUGAGAGCAUGCAGAGGUCCAUGAACAGCCUCUGUGCCAAACUGGAACAGGCCAGGACGGAGAUCCACAGCCUGCAGAAAGAAACAGAUGAGGCCAAAAAGCACUGCUCCAACCUGGAGAAGGACAACCAGCACUCUGAGAGAGAGCUGGAGGACAUGUCCCAGCAGGUGCGCGUCCUGCUAGUGGAGCUGGAGGAGGCGCGUGGCAACCCGGUGGUCCGCGAGGAGACGAUGAACCUGAGCAGCAGCUCUGAGAUCAUCAACCCACGCCAGGUUUCCUUCCGCAGUGUGGAGGAGCUGCAGCGGCAAAACCAGAGCAUGCUGGCACGUCUCCGGGAGCUGGGGGAGAAGAUGGAGAGAGAGCAGACCGAGGCCAAUUCUGCACGUGUGACCCAGCUGGAACAGCAGCUAGAGAAGGUCCAGAAGGAGCUGGAGAUUAUAAAGGAGCAGAGAAACCAGCAAAAGCAGCUGGCUGACUCCAACGGCCGCCAGAGAGACAUGUACCGCAUCCUGCUGUCCCAGAGCACCGGCUUCAACCUCCCACCACAAGGUCCUACACAGGAGGCAGCCCCCCAGAUGUACACCCCCAGCCGGCCCUCCUUCCCCCCUCCCACCAGGUCCACCCCCAUGAGGGCUUCAGCCACUGAGUCUUCCCAGACCACCCAGGCCAAGGCUGCUCUCAAACAGUUGAACGACUCCUUCACCACAUACAAGAAUGAGAAGGCGGUGAACGACAGGAUGCUGAACGAGCAGAACGAGAAGCUACAGGAGCAGCUGUCUGCGGUCCGCUCCCAGAAGGCCAAGCUCUCCACACAGCUGGAGUUCGCCUCCAAGAGAUACGAGAUGCUGCAGGAGAAUGUAAACGGCUACAGGCGGGAGAUCGCUGCUCUGCACGAUAAGAGCCAGAAGAUGGCCGCCACGGCUCAGAAACAUGAGCAGAUCAUCCACACCAUGACCCAGGAUCUCCGGGCAGCCAAUGAGAAGCUGGCCUUGGCAGAGGUGCGUGGUGAGAACAUGAAGAAAGAGAGAGACAUGCUGAAGUCAGCAGAGUCCAGACUGAACCAGGAGAAGGAAGCCAUGAUGGCUGAGCAGCGCAACCAGAACCUCCUGCUCACCAACCUCAAGUCCAUCCAGCUGACAAUGGAGCGUACAGAGACCGAGACCAGGCAGCGUCUGAACAGCCAGAUAGAGAGACUGGAGAGAGAGCUCACCCAGUUUAAGAAGAAACUGGCUGAGGAGGUGGAGCAGAGGCACAUGCUGGGCCGUAACCAAGACGCUCAACUGCUGGAGGCCAAGAAGCAGCUAGAGGCCCAGUGUGCCCUGCACCAGAAGACCAAGGAGCUGUUGAAGAAUGCUGAGCAGCAGGCUAACCUUCUGAAACAACAGCUCAGCCAUGCUGAAAGCCAGAACCAGGGUUCAGGUCUGGGCCAGGGUCAGAGCCUGGGCCAGACUAACCCCCGGGCACCCAUCAGAGCACCGUUAAGAGCUCCAUCUCAGACCCAGUCCCAGGAGGCCCAGGCCAAGCUCCAGUCAGAACUAGAGGAGGUGCGCGGGCGUCUGCAGCAGGCCGAGAAGCAGAUCAGCGAUCUGCAGGAGCGCCUGCAGAACGCGAGCACUAACGUGGAGCAGUACCGCACCGUGGUGCUCAGCCUGGAGGAGUCCCUCAGCAAAGAGAAACAGGCUCGUUCUCCUGUGGAGACUCGUCUAAAGGAGGCCCAGGAGUUCCAGCGUGGGCUGGAGAAGAAGCUGGUGGAGGCUGAGAAGGAGAAACAGGAGCUCCGUGAGGAGAAGAGGAAGGCCAUGGAUAUUGUGGAGAAACAGGUGAAUGAGCUGAAGAGGACCAUGAAAAACUUGCAGUCAGAGCUGCAGGAGGCGGAGGAGAGGAAGGCUGCAGCCAUCACCCAGGAACAGAAGGCCAUGCAGGACAGCCUGCAGCAGGGCAAGCUGGCAGCGGAGGCCCAGAACAAGUAUGAGCGGGAGCUGAUGCUGCAUGCGGCUGAUGUGGAGGCGCUACAGGCGGUCAAGAAACAAGGCCUGCAGGGGAACCAGAGCAGGAAGCAGCUGGAGGACAAGGCCAAACAGACCACCACCCAGCUACAGGAGGCUCGCACCAACUGGAACCAGCUGGAGAAGAAACUCAAGGAGGACCUGUCCAAGCAGCAGAAGCGGGCAGACGAGCUGCAGAAGCAGAAUGGCCUGCUGCACCAGCAGAUGGAGAGCCUGGGAGCCAAAAUGGCCGCCACAGUACAGCAGCAGCAACAGGCUAGUAGGGAGAGCAGCCUCAACCUGUCCUUCAGCGAAGAGGGCAAGUCCCAGGAACAGAUCCUGGAGAUCCUCAGGUUUGUGCGUCGUGAGAAGGAGAUUGCAGAGACACAGUUUGAGGUGGCCGAGGUUGAGACACUGCGCUACAAACAACAGGUUGAACACCAGGACCGAGAGCUGAAGGAACUACAAGAGAGCCUCAACGCUGAGAGAGAGAAACUACAGCUGACAGCGAAGACCAUGGCCCAGCACGAUGAGAGAAUGAAGAGGAUGGAGAACCUAAACGUGCUGGUGGAGACCAACAAGAUGCUGAAGGAGGAGAGGGAGCGACUGGAACAGGAGCUGCACCAGACCCAGGCUAAAGUGCGUAAGCUGGAGGCAGACAUCACUCCCCUGCAGGACUCUAACUCUGAGCUGAGUGAGAAGAAUGGCAUGCUGCAGGCUGAGAAGAAACUGUUGGAAGAGGACAGCAAACGCUGGAAGGCCCGCACACAGCAACUGGUGAGCCAGCAGAAGGACACAGACCAGGAGGAGAACAAGAAGCUGCAUUCUGAGAGAGAGGCCCACCUCAAACGCAUCCAGCAGCUCUCUGAGGAGACUGGGAGACUGAAGGCUGAGGUGGCCAGGACCCAUGCGUCGGUUAUCACAGCCCAGAGCCAGGCGCAGAACCUGAAGGAGAAUCUGGGCAAGGUGACCACCGAGAGGGAUGCGAAGCACCUGGACAUCCAGGAGAAGAGCAAGACCAUCACGCAGGUCAAGAAAAUCGGACGACGCUACAAGACGCAGUAUGAGGAGCUCAAAGUGCAGCAUGACAAGCUGGUGGCGGAGGCAGCAGCCAAGCCAGCCCAGGAGGAGGUGCUGCAGGCUGUGCAACAGGCCCAGCAGCAGGCUCAACAGGCCCAGCAGGCCUCUGCCCAAGAGAUCCAGAGCCUGAAGGACUCCCUCAGCCAGGCUGAGACUAAGGUCAAAGACCUGGAGGGACAACUGAAAAACGUACAGGAGACGGUGAAUGAGCGCAACACAGAGAUGGGGCGGCUGAAACAGGAGCUGAUCCGGCUCCAGGAACAGUCUACCCAGGCCCAGGGGACACAGAGUGAAGUGACCCGGCUGAAACAGGAGCUGACCCGGCUCCAGGAACAGUCUGCCCAGGGGACCCAGGGUGAAGUGACCCGGCUGAAACAGGAGCUGACCCGGCUCCAGGAACAGUCUACCCAGGCCCAGGGGACACAAAGUGAAGUGACCCAACUGAAACAGGAGCUGAGCCGGCUCCAGGAACAGUCUACCCAGGCCCAGGGGACCCAAGGUGAAGUGACCCGGCUGAAACAGGAACUGACCCGGCUCCAGGAACAGUCUACCCAGGCCCAGGGGACCCAGGGUGAAGUGACCCGGCUGAAACAGGAGCUCACCCGGCUCCAGGAACAGUUUACCCAGGCCCAGGGGAAUCAGGGUGAAGUGACCCGGCUGAAACAGGAGCUGCAGGAGAAGACUGCUCAGGAGGAGUCGCUACGGCAACAGAUGGCCGACAAGGAGGAGAAGACCAAGAAGGUCUUCAUGGGCGCCAAGCAGAAGAUCAACCAACUCAACAUUGCGAAGGAGCAUCUGGCCAAGGAAGUGGAGGAGCUGAAGCAGCAACGGGAGGAGCAGGAGGUGCGUCUGAGUGCUCUCAAGUCCCAGUAUGAGGGCCGUCUGCACCGACAGGACCGAGAGAUCAGGGAGCUCCGAGACCACCGUGACGAACAACCUCAGAGAGACGAGUCCCAGGACCAGGGGAAAAAUAAGACCCAGGAGCAGCAGCAGAGAGCUCCAGAUCAGAGGCAGAUCAACCAGAGGACUUCCCAAGCUGCAGACAGGGGAAGUGGUUCUUCCGGCUCUUCAGAGCAGCCCCCCACUGCCAACAUCAAACCCACCACGGUGUCGGGCGGUGCCCCCAGUAAACCUUCCCCCAUCCCCGGGAACAAGUCCACCCCCAGGGCCAGUAUCCGACCCAUGGUGCCCAUAACCAUGCCCACCCCCACGGCCACUGUCAUGCCCCAUACACAGUCUGAAAGCCAGGAAGUGCUGCAGUCCUCUGAGAGUGGAACCCCCGUGGAACACGUGUCUGUGUUCGGCAGCACCAGCGGCUCGGUCCGCUCCACCAGCCCUAGCGUCCAGAACAUCACGCACUCUCAGUUUCAGCCAAUCAGCAGCCAGGCCACCGCCUUCGUCCAGCCAACCCAGCAACAGCAGGCCCCGCCCACCGCUGAGCUGGCCAGUCAGGAGACAGAGGCAGGCCCUAGUGGUCAAGUGGAGAGGCCCUCCACUUCUACGGCCGUAUUUGGCUCAGCUAUUGCUACAGGGGGCUCUGCUGGGCCAAAGCGUGCCCGCGAGGUGGAGCUGGAGGCUCGGGCAGAGAGCGCCGACAUAGCCCUGGAGAACCCAGACGAACCACCCAUCCCCAAGAAGCUCCGUAUCAUCCAGAGAGUUGGACUGGAGGAGGAGAAUGAAGAGGGCACUGAUGGAGAGGCUGAGGGGUCAGGGGAGAACCAGGAGACUCCAGAUGGCAGCCAGGAACUACCAGACGUGUCCUUUCCUGUACUGGGAGAGGUGGAGGAAGAGGAUGACGGGGUGUCCCAGUCUGUCCCCUCAGACCACCAGGUGACCCCCCAACCCUCUGACACCCAGGACUCCAGCGAAGAGCGCCAGCCUGACGUCAUCAUCAUCGACACAGACAGCUCCAGUCGAGAAGAAGAGGAGGAAGAGGCAGAGCAGUAUGAGGAAGAGGUGGAGGAAGAGAAGGAUGAUGAUGAUGACGAGGACCAGGGGAUGGGAAGAGAGGAGAGCAAUGAGGGGAGCGGAGACGCCAAUGAGCCAUUUGAAGGAGACGAGACGGGCCCUGAGACCUCGGAGCCUGCCUCGGAGAACGAGGAGAGCAUGGGAGCUAUAGACUCCACCUCCCAGAAACAGGCUGACUCACAAAGCGGUGAGGGGAGCAGCAGUACCACCGAAUCCUUCCCCAUGGCCAUGUCCGACCCCCCCAAAGAACUACUACAGCCUACCGCUAGUACUACCAGCACUUUCUCCUUCUCUACCUCCCCCUUCUCCCCCUCCUCCAGCCUACGCCUGCCCCAGUCUGUCCCCCGCCGACCCCCACACCCCCUGCCCCCACGCCUCUACAUCCAGCCCCCCGGCCCUGAGCUGGGCCUGGGACCUCCACCCACACAGAGGCUGUCUGCGCCAAUCCGCCGGCAGUCUGUAGGCAGAGGACCCCAGCUCACGCCUGGGAUAGGCAACAUGCAACACUUCUUUGAUGACGAUGACAGGAUGGUCCCCAGUACGCCCACGCUGGUGGUGCCCCACCGGACUGAUGGCUUUGCUGAGGCCAUCCAUUCUCCACAGGUAGCAGGAGUUCCCAGGUUCAGGUUUGGUCCUCCUGAAGACAUGCCUCAGGCCAGCUCGUCCCACUCUGACCUCGGACAGCUCGCCUCACAAGGAGGUCUGGGGAUGUACGAGAGUCCACUGUUCCUGGCCGCUCACGACGAGGAGUCUGGAGGGAGGAGUGUUCCCACCACGCCCCUGCAGGUUGCUGCCCCAGUGACGCUCUUCAAUGAAUCCCACCCCUCUGAUGCCCAGGACAUGGCAUCCCAGUCUGUUCCCAUGGUGACGACAUCCACAAGCCACCACGGGCUGGCAGUCCCCGGCGGAGAGGCCAUCCCAGGAGAUGACGGUGACGAGGUGUUCAUGGAGGCAGAUAGUGAAGGUAGGAGUGGUGAAGCGUCCAUGGAUAGCCAGGCUGAGAUGGACUCUGCCCAGCCGUCAGACGAUGCCAGUCUGCCCUCCACAAGCCAGGAGCCCACCUCCAGCUCUGCCGACACCAGCAGUAGUGUGCAGCCCAAGCCCUCCGGCCGCCCCUUGGCCCAGCACACUCUGCCCAUGAGAACAGCCAACAGGGGCAGGGCGCUCAUCCGCAGAGGAGGUAUGGGCUUCCUUCGAGCAGGAAGAGGCCCCUUCGGUAGAGGUAACCUACCCCGCUAAUGAUGCCAUCAUGCACUGCUCCAUCCCCUGCCCUUCAUCCCAACUAUCAAUCAUAGUGUCUUGGUCUACUUAAAAAAUCCAACUAAUUUGUGAUUGACUUUUCUUCCCUAACUUUGUGUCAGUGGAUACCAUGUGCUUUAAAAGCGUACAUUUUUGUUGUUUUGUAUUUGUUUCAAGAAGAGCGAUUGUUCCAUUGCAUUUGUUUUUGCUAAUAAACUUUGAGGAAAAUAAAA